AUGUCCUCCUCCUCCUCGUCGUACCCGACAAUCCUCCUCCUCUCGGUGACGGGCAUCUUCACGUUCCUCGCUAUCGUGGCCGCGGCCGUCUAUUUCGCAGGCUACGCCGACGACGUCGCCGAGUGGUGGGCCAAGCGGUACUACAAGGCCAAGGCGGUGGCCGAGGUCAAGGUGAUGGAGAACGUGGGCGAGGAGAGGGUGCAGGGUAUGGUGAAAGACUCGCUGAAGAAAAACCCCGUCAUGGGCGAGGACGAACUCGAGCAGGUCUCGGGCGGGUUGGGCCAGGAAGCCGUCAAGGAGGGACUCGGUGGGGUCAGUGGCAAGCUGGGCGGGUUGGGCAAGUUGUGA